AUGAGGCUCGGGAAUCCAACCUUUGUUAAUAGUUUGAAAUAUUGCUAUGCAUGUUCAAGUGGAAGACCAACGUCGGACGAUUGUAACCAAAUUACAGCGUGCGCACAAGACCAGUUAUGUCAAAUAAAAGAAAUAUUCAACUUGUUUAAAGAAGCAAGAUGGAUAACCGGAUGUGCAGAAAAACAGCAAUGCGAUGCAAUCAGCCAACAGGUACAUAAUGAAUGCAGUAACAGAUGUUGUGGACAAAACCUAUGUAAUGCAGGGUGCAACAAUACAACAAUACCAACAGUAUCAGCAAACCAGCUAGUCUCAAAACUAAGUUGUACAUUUGACGGAAAAAAUACCUGUUUCUGGGCCUCAGAGAGCAAUCAUCAAAAAGGUAUUACACAGUGGGAGUUUGAUUCUUCCAACAAAACAUUAACUGGUCUACCUACGCAAGAUCACACAACUGGUCAAGGAAUCUUUUUGUUUGCUAAAAUGGAUUCUCAUCAUAGCGGUUAUAUAUCACUGACGUCACCGACAUUUCAACCAAAUGUAUCGUAUUGUCUCAGUCUUUGGUAUUCUACGACAGAUCAAAAUAUCAUGAAAUUAUUUGUUUUGGAUGUCAAGUCAAGACAUAGACACGUGUAUCGUUUAGUGGCUCAAGUUGGAAAUGAAUGGAAAAAGUUCCAAACAACUCUACACCAAACAUAUUCGUUUAAAAUAAGGAUCGAAGCACAUAUUAUUGCACAUUCAAACAGACAACAAAGCCCAGCGUCCAUCGACGAUAUAAAAGUUUUAGGAGGGCCUUGUAAUUAAAUAUUGAAUAAACAUUUAAAAAAAUCAAAAGCUUGUAGAUUAACAUAACGAAGUCUAUUAAAAAAUAUAAUUAUAACAUUUAA